UAACCACUCUCUUUAUCAGAUUGCAGAACCAGCAGGGAAUAGGUUUUGCAUGCCAACUUGGUGAAUGCAUGGCAAUGGUUCAAUAUAGAAAUUUGAGGGUCAUGCCAAAAAGGAAAUGUGAAAGAAAAAUGAUAAAGUUAGGCUCAAUUAUCGUACCAAACCUCCAGUAUUAUUUAAUAGAUGGGUAAGAGGGAAGAAAAUUAAAUAAAAGAAAAAGAAGAAGAAGAAGAAGAUGAAGACUUUUAUUACUUGUAAUUGAGGGCAAACCAAACAUAUCGGCCCGCUCUGAUUGUUUGAUUUUGAAAUAUCGACCCAUAUUCAUAACAGCUAAUAACUAGUGAAAAUGAUUCGAUUCUCAUUAUGGUAAUUAACAAAGAAUAGUUCUUAUCAAAUGCAAGGAAAAACAGUACAAGCCUGGCAGAGUUGGGUGAAUUCUAGGCUGUGUCAUUUUGGAGAGAGGUUCUCACCGAUUAUUGCAUCCAAUUUUGGAAAGACGUCUGAUCUGAUAUAUACUUAAAUCAAAUGGAUGUUUUACAGUCCGCCAUAGUGUGUACGUAGCACUUUUGGAAAAAGGAUUAAUAGCUCGAUCAAGAAUACUUCGAUUGCCAGAUCAUGUGAUUCUUUAUCUUUUGGUCAUUGAUGUGAAAAUUGCAUGCACAUAUAUCAGCAUAAGAUCAGUACUACAGUCGAGAAAAUCUGCACUAUGACAUAUAUACUAGCUAGAGGGGCAAACCGGCCAGUUUAUUUUUUAUUUUUGGCCAAACAUGGUAUUACCCCACGCCAUAUAUUAUCCACUUAUUACGUUUUAAAAUUUUUCUUUAAAAGCAUGCCCAUAUCCCCAUAUCCCAAGUAACAAGAAAAAUAAAAGGGAAAACGUGGGGCUACAAUAAAAACUGCAUGCUGAUCUCCAAGAAUAUAUAUAUUUGAACCUUCAUAUCCUCACGGUAUAGUAGGCAGAAAAGGCCUGUUUUGACCUCUUCUUAUUCUCUCUCUGAUCUCUCUCUCUUCCCCCAUUUCUCUCAAAUAACAAAGCAUAUGGUUUUGUGAUAUCCCAAGCGCGAAAGGGGAGAAAUGGGAAGAGCUCCAUGUUGUUCAAACGUUGGUUUACAAAAAGGACCAUGGACUGCCAAAGAAGACACAUUGCUCAUUAACUAUAUCCGGGCUCAUGGUGAAGGCCAUUGGAGAUCUUUGCCCAAAAAAGCAGGGCUACUUAGGUGUGGGAAGAGCUGCCGGCUAAGAUGGAUGAAUUAUCUCCGUCCCGAUAUCAAGCGAGGAAACAUCACCCCUGAUGAGGAGGACCUCAUUAUCCGGCUUCACUCCCUUCUUGGUAACCGUUGGUCUCUAAUUGCUGGAAGACUUCCUGGCCGAACUGACAAUGAGAUCAAGAACUACUGGAACUCUCAUCUAGGCAAAAGGUUCAAGAUUAACACGAGAAACGAUCAGAACAACCAAAAAGGAGGAUCAGCAUGUGUUAGAGGUCCAAAGAUCAGUACUCAAAAGAAUUACAAGAACCAAGAUAGUACAGCUUAUGGUGAAAAAAUAAUGACAACCAAAGUUCAUCUGCCAAAGGCCAUGAGGGUUUCACCACUUCCAAUUACAAGGAAUAACAGUACUGAUGGUAUGGCAAGUGGAUCAUCAACUAGUCUUGGAGAUGGAAAUAAAGGAGUUCUUGAUGAUCAUGAAGAGGUUUUGAAGUGUUUGCCUGAUCUCAGAGAUGAUAUAUUUGAAGGUGGAGAGGCCAAUCAUGAUGAUCAGCCUGCUUGCGACAGAGAUAGUGCGGACUUUGUUAGUAACUAUGGCGUCUGUGAUCCACUAUACCAAAUUUCUGAACCCACCAAAGAUGACAUGCUGGACAAGAUAUACGAAGAAUAUCAGCAGCUUCUCAAGGCAGAAAAUUCUUUGGACUCCUUUGUCGAUUCCUUGUUGAUUUGAUUUGUACUAAUUAAAAAAAUGUCAUCACUUGUCGAACUUGGUGCUUAAUUUCCUAGCUCAUAAUUGAUUUGACUGUAAUAGAAAGAUAUUGUACUGUUAAACGGUGGUUUAUUAUUAAUUUAGAUUAUAGCUUAAUUUAGUGAUAGAA